AUGCUUCUUGAGAUGGUCCCUUCGCGUGAAGCUCCAGUCGCAGUGGGUGCAAACGAAGGGUCUGGCGGGGUUGUGGGUACGAGCAUGUCGCAGGAGAACGUCGGAUCGGGCAAAGGCCCUACCACAGCCGGGCAGUUGACAGACGAAAGGUCGUCGGCCGCGAUGUUUCGCGUCCAAAUGGCCGCGAAGGUGACUGGUGCGCGAGAACAACUUGCCGCAGACCAAGCAACUGUGCUUCUGUCGGCCGGCGCAAUGUUGACCUCUACUCGGAGAAGAUCGUUUCAACUUUUGUGCACCAACAGCUUCACCGCCGCCGACAAUCUGACGUCGUCGGCGACGCAAAGGUUGUCGUGA